CACAAGUUGACAUCGUCUAGUUACAACCAAGUUAAUGCCUUCUAGUGCACGACUCGCCAUAAUCAAAUCACCAAUCUAUAUUAUCACAGCAGUUUAUUUAAUCAAUUCAAGAAAAAAUGAGUGUGGACACCGGCGUAACCAGCGAUCUCCGAAAUGAAAUCAUUGGUUGUAAAGACAAACAGCAACUUGUUCAGUUACGACAACAACUUGAUAGUGUGCAACUAUCAAUCGAUCUAACUGCAUCUACUACAUUCGAACAGAAGCGAAUCAAAGAAUUGAUUGAAGGUUUGUAUAGAAUAAUUGACAACAAACAGGUGCAGCUUUCAAUGACCAGAUUUGAAUUUGUUGGUGAGCCUAUACCUCCCGCAAAUCCUAGAAGAACUGCUGUUACAUUAGUAGAGAGCAAUGACGAGCAAAAAAGUUCAGGUUCGGCUAUAGUCAAGUUAAAUAGUGACAAGUAUGAGAUUUCUGAUGAUCGAUAUGUUCUAAUCGCGUCGCUGGUACGGUCUAUAAUAUCCACAGCGAGUGCGUCCCCUCCACCAUCAAUCCAUAUGAAAAAUGCGCAAGGUUCCAUUUGCAGUCUUGCCAGUAAAGGGCCUAUUUUUAUACACAACGUAAACAACAGUAUACUUGUACUAUCAUGUCAUCAAGCUAGACUACACAACAUUCACAAUUCUAUAAUCAUAGUGAAUGUCCAGAACAAUCGAAUUAUAAUUGAAGAUUGUGAUGGAUUGGUAGUUAACGACAUUGAAGUUGAUGACUUCAAUCAUCCUACAAAGGAAACUGCCAAUCCUCAUUACAAGAUAAUGAGUCGAGACAAACAAGAAAAUAUUUUGAAAACAAUUGGCGAUUGUUCUGUUGAUCAAUUACCCGUUGUAAUCCGUGAAUGUCUUGCGAAGUUCGAGUGAAUUUUGGUAUGUCAAUACGCUUGGGGUUUCCAUAGACGGAUUGUGCUUGUCGCGUCUAUUUCCUAUUUGGGUUGAUCCCGCCACAUUAUACCCAGGGUAAUACAGAGAAACUGAUCAACCAUGCGCAUAUCCAGGAAGGUAUAUUCAUGCUUAUAAUCCACUGGUUGCAACAAAUUGAAAAAUUGGAGCUGGUUUAAGUUUACAAUGGUUAGUGUGGGGCUGCAAAUUGUGGUCGGGGGCAAAUAUGUGUAAAGCUUAGCUCGGUAAAUUUUUGACGUGGGAUUUCGCUCAAGCUCCUCGGGAAUUCUUUUUAUUUAUUUUUUUUUUUUGCUCUCGGUAGUUUUUUUUUUCAAUUCUACCCCCACAAUCGGAGUGAAGUGCCGACCAAAUAACACAAACCCCACUAUACUAGC